AUGAAGACGGCACCUGUUGAAAAUGUCAUUAUUCCCGCUUCGCUUGGGGGACGCGACAUUCGCGAUCAACCAUCAAACUCCAAGAGCAACCCCCCAGAACAGCCAAUCGACCUAGAUGCUCUCUACGCGCACGUCCUAGGCAAAGUCGGACCGCGUCUUAGCUGUCAAGGCUCCAAGAUCUUCCAAGUAUUCCAACAUUGGCAGUCUUACCAGAAGAAACGGGACGUGUUGCGCGAAUACUUUCCAAAUAUCUGCUCAACAAACCUUUCAUUCGCAUUCGAGGACGACCAAAGCCAUCAUCUCAUUGCUUCAAAUAAUCCGUUAUCAGCAAGCGAAAUCUGCGAGAGGCGGGACAAGGUCGGGAGCUGGCUAGAAAACUGCUGCGGAGGGCUCAUCGAGUUUUGCAGCGAGGAUCUCACCUUGACCAAGAAAGAUAGUCACGAUGUAGGCACCCCUGAAAGUGUCAAUUCCGGGAACCGAAGGAUCCAAUAUGCACACGACUCUGUUCUCCAGUAUCUGACGAAGCUAGAAAUUUGGUCUGAAAUUGUGAAGAAGAACACAGACGAGGACUUCACAGUAGAGCACGCAGUCCUCAAAUCACUAGUCCUUCAAAUCAAGACUUGGACCUCUCCCGCCGGCCGCAGAGAAAUAGGAUGCCCAUGGGACCUAAUCCUAUCAACGCUCCGAUACGCCUCGUACGCAGAGCAGAAACUAGGCCGAGCGCAAACCACUCUCCUCGACGAACUCGACAAAUCCGUCUCCGAGCAUUUCCACCAACGAGUACAAGCAAAGCCCCAACCCCGCUACAACGGCCGGCCCCUCUUCCCAGACUCGCACUGGUCCGAAUUCUGGCCCACCGACUUCCAGCGCUCGCUGCGCUGGCGCGACACCUUCCUCGCCCUCGCCAUCCGGCACAACCUGCACCACUACGCCGCCGCAAAACUGGCCUCCCACGGCGCCGCCGCCGCCGCCACCGUCGCCACCGCCAUCACCCAGAAACCCGGCCGCCCCCUCCUCUCCUACACCUUCUUCCCCGUGCUGGGAAACUUCCUCGUCGACCCCGCCCUCGUCGCGCUCCUCCUCGCCCACGGCGCCGACCCCAACGCCCCUUUCGAUAACUCGUCCCCCUGGCAGGACUUCCUCCGCUACCUCAUGGAGAACUCCUACCAAGCGACUGCGAAAGCGCACACGAAGCGUGCGAGCGACAUCGCAGAACUGCUGCUCGCGCACGGCGCGGACCCGCACGCCGAGUGCGACUUCUUCCAGAUCUCGGAGGACAUACCGCGCGUGUGCUCGGCGAUUGAUGUGGUGCAGCGCGUGUUUAUGGACGAGGCGGCGGAGGUGCGGGUGGGGUUGCAGCUGCAGAGGGUGUUGCUGCAGCGGCAGCAGACAGUGUCAAAUGCGCAGGAGACACUAAGGAGAAUUCAGAGGGAGAAGUCGGGGGAGGAUGUGGGGAGGGAUGAGAGGCUGGCGCAGUUUGAAAGCGGGUUGGAGGAAGGGGGGAAGAAGCCGGAGGAGCGGCCGGUUGCGACGAAGUCGAGGUGGAGGUUGUUCCCGCGGAAGCUGUCGGCGGUGAGGUAG